AUGCCGUAUACUGCUAGCUCCAUGCCAGGGUCGCGUCUCUUAUCGAAGGCCGCUGGUAGCCGAGCAAGGAGCGAGCUCGAAUGGUUUGUUUUAAGGUCAAUGUCCUUGCUGCGAAAGGUCAUCUUGCGACACCAAGUCACUUCAACAAUGGCGACUACUAAGACAAUGCAGACCUGCAAGCAUCAGCUUGCGAGCACCUUGAGAGUGUCGCCAGUCAAGAAUGCUAUCGGUCAGAAGAGUGGACUUGCGACUCUUGCGAGCUUCAAGAUUCCAACAGUCAACAAUGAGCCAAACAAACACUACGAGAAAGGCUCUGUCGACCGCCAGAAGCUCGCCGAUGCCAUGAAGAGCCUCAAGUCGAAAGCACCUCUGGAUGUACCGAUCGUUGUUGGUGGGAAAGAGAUCAAGACCUCGAGUAUCUCGGGGCAACCAAUGCCACAUGCACACAAGCAAUCGAUUGCCUCGUGGUCGGGAGCAUCGGCGCAAGAUGUGCAGAAGUCGAUCGAGUCGGCCUUAAAAGCAAAAAGCUCGUGGGAAGCAAUGCCAUUCCAGGACAGGGCUGCAAUCUUCUUGAAGGCUGCGGAUUUGAUCAGCACCAAAUACAGAUACGAUAUCAUGGCUGCGACUAUGCUUGGUCAGGGCAAGAACGCAUGGCAGGCAGAAAUCGACUCUGCUGCAGAGACAUGUGAUUUCCUGCGAUUCAACGUCAAGUACGCCGAGGAGGUGUACUCUCACCAGCCAGUGCACCAUGCUCCUGGUGUUUGGAAUCGUGUCGAAUACAGGCCGCUUGAGGGAUUCGUUUAUGCCAUUACUCCGUUCAACUUCACAGCCAUCGCGGCCAACCUUCCAGCGGCACCAGCCUUGAUGGGCAACGUUGUGGUCUGGAAACCUUCGCCUGCUGCCAUUGCUUCCAACUGGCUAGUCUACCAGAUCCUCCUUGAGGCUGGCCUUCCGCCGAAUGUCAUUCAAUUCGUACCAGGUGACGCUGUUGAAGUCACCAAAGCAGUCUUGAACCACAAAGAGUUUGCAUCUCUUCACUACACUGGAUCGACUGGCGUGUUCCGUCAGCUCUACGGCCAAAUUGGUCAGGGCACUGCGGAGGGCAGAUAUACCGGAUACCCACGCAUUGUAGGAGAGACUGGCGGCAAGAAUUUCCACCUCAUUCACCCAACCGCAGACGUCAACAACGCCGUGAUCAACACUGUCCGUGGGGCGUUCGAGUACCAAGGUCAGAAAUGUUCCGCAACCUCACGCGCUUACUUCCCAAAGAGCAUGUGGGACGAGGCCAAGCCUCUGCUUGCUGAGGAGACCAAGAAGCUCAAGAUUGGCUCGCCAGAGCACUUGGAUAACUUCAUUGGUCCAGUCAUCCACCAGCAGUCGUUCGACAAGCUUUCCAGGGCCAUCGACGAGUCCAACAGCGACUCCGACCUCGAGCUCUUGGUUGGAGGCAAGUACGACGGCAGCGAAGGAUUCUUCAUCCACCCUUCCAUCUACGUAUCUAAAACUCCAACACACAAAAACUUCAAGACGGAGUUCUUCGGACCGAUUCUGACAGUCUACGUGUACGAUGACUCCAAGCCUGAUGCUUUCGCAGAGAUCUGCAAAACAAUCGACUCUUCCUCAGAUUACGCGCUUACCGGCGCCGUCUUCUCCAAGGACAGAGAGGCAUUGGUCUUCGCUGAGAACGCUCUUCGCAACGCUGCCGGCAACUUCUACCUCAACUGCAAGUCCACUGGUGCUGUCGUCGGCCAGCAGCCAUUUGGUGGUGCCCGUGCAUCUGGCACCAACGACAAGGCAGGCUCGGCAACUCUGCUCUCGAGAUUCGUAUCUAUGCGUGCUCUCAAGGAGGAGUUCAGGACUCUAGAUGAGGUCGAGUACCCUUCCAACAAGAUCUAA